UAUCACUGUGUGUGCAAGACUGGUUACCGGGGCAACGGGCUGGUUUGUGAACUGUUUGAUCUGUGCGUCGAAAACAACGGAGGCUGCCACCCAAAAGCACAGUGCACAUUUAUUAAAGAACUGGAGAGAAAAUGCACGUGUCCAGAAGUGAUGACCGGUGAUGGUUUCACAUGUCUAGGCACAAUAGCUGAAGAGGUCAAGAAACACCCGGAUCUUCUCAGAAUCUUUUUGUUUAUGGAGGAUGUUAAUCCUUCCAACAUGAUACUAGACACAAUGAAUACGACGUUCACAUUUUUCGCUCCAAGUGAUUCUGCCUUGAGCUCAUUUUUUGAGUCGACCAAAAAACAAACUACAGCUGAUUAUUGGCGCCAGGAAGAAAAUGUGCUGUCUUUCCUAAAUUUUCACACCAUCUACAAUGACUUCACUACGGAUGACAUGCUGGCUUUUGAUGGUGUCAUCAAGCGCUACCCAACCCUCUAUGAUGGAUUCUCUUUACGCAUUGUCAAUACAAAUAAGUCUCUGCAUAUUUUUGCAAACCAUUCCAAAUAUGCUGUGAUUAAAGAAGCAAAUAUUCCUGCAUUCAAUGGAUAUUUUCAUAUCAUAGACCAGGUACUGGAACCAUUUUUACCUGAUCAACAGGCCCCAUCCUUAAAUGAUACGUUGUCCUCAAGGCCUGAGUAUGGGUUGUUCUAUGAAGCUCUGAAGAAAACCAAUCUUCUAGAGACAGUGUCUGCCCUAAAUGAGUACACUCUCUUUGUUCUUUCAAAUAAGAAUUUCAAAGAGAUUGGCAGGAAACCG